AUCUUGAACCGUCUGAUGCUCAGUUAUGACGCGAGAAUAAGGCCUAACUUUCAAGGUAGCCCAGUUCAGUCUCGGGUGAACAUCUUCAUCAACAGCUUUGGGUCCAUCCAGGAGACCACCAUGGACUACAGGUUGAACAUAUUCCUCCGCCAGCGAUGGAACGACCCUCGCCUGCAACUCCCGACUGACUACAAGAGUGACUCCCUGACGGUUGACCCCAACAUGUUCCAGUGUUUGUGGAAACCAGACCUUUUCUUUGCUAAUGAGAAGACCGCAAACUUUCACGAUGUCACACAAGACAACAUUCUGCUCUUCAUCUUCAGGAACGGAGAUAUCUUAAUCAGUAUGAGGCUGUCGGUGACUCUGGCUUGUCCCUUGGAUCUUCAACUCUUCCCAAUGGACACACAGCGGUGUAAGAUGCAGAUGGAGAGCUAUGGCUAUACCACCAGUGAUCUUGUGUUCAUGUGGCAGUCGGACCCAGUUCAGAUGGAUCAAAUUGCUCUCCCGCAGUUUGAUAUCAGAGAAGAGGACAUCAUAUACAAAAACUGCACAAAAUUCUACAAAGGAACAGGAUACUACACCUGCGUUGAAGUGAUCUUUACGUUGCGUCGGCAGGUUGGUUUCUACUUGAUGGGAGUUUAUGCGCCAACUCUGUUGCUUGUGGUUUUGUCCUGGUUAUCAUUCUGGAUCAACCCUGAUGCCUCCGCUGCCAGGGUGCCAUUGGGUAUUUUAUCGGUUCUCUCUCUGUCCAGUGAGAGCAUGCUCUUGGCGUCGGAGCUGCCAAAGGUCUCCUACGUAAAAGCCAUCGAUAUCUGGCUCUUAACCUGUCUACUUUUUGGUUUCUCAUCACUGGUGGAAUACGCUGUCGUGCAGGUGAUGCUGAACAGUCCUACGAAGAUUGAGGAGGAGAAAGCCAAUAUGGCAAGGAAAGAGAAAGUGUUGCAAAAGAAAGAAGAAAAGAUGGCAAAUAGAGCUAAAAACGCAGCGAAUGGGACUGGAGGAACGCCCAUACAUGUCAACACUUUGCAGGUGGUAGAAACUCGCUGUAAGAAAGUUUGCACCUCCAAGUCGGACCUUCGUGCCAACGACUUCAGCAUCGUUGGAUCCCUCCCACGAGACUUUGAGCUGUCAAACUUUGACUGUUACGGUAAAGCGGUUGAGGUGUUGGGGCGCCUAAAGUCCCAGAACAAAACCAACAAGAAACCAGGGCCACCAAAGGCGAUCAUACCUGCUGCGGCCAAACGCGUCGACCUCUACGCACGGGCCCUCUUCCCCUUCUCCUUCCUCUUCUUCAAUGUUGUCUACUGGUCCGUCUAUCUGUGAGAGGGGAGAGGAGGAGGGUGCUGUGAAGCAGAGUGGUUCGUACCUUGUCGUUCUGUCCCCAUACUGAUACUGAAACUGCAUUGAACUUGCAAAUGACGCAGCAGAUAUUAAACGUGUACUAUUUCAGAGCCAUGUUUGCAGAGCUUGGUAGGCUGCUGUGGUUCCUGGGAGAAACUGUAUUCACCAAAACCACUAAAGCUCUGGGAUGUUCCCUUGAAUCCCCUUAAAGCCCGGCAUUAGGGAGGCCCUGCAUGUGUGUCUCAGUGUGAUGCAGCACAGCAUAUAAACGAAACCCUGCUGUGGUGAUUAGAAAUACAGGCUUUUUACCGGAAACACUUUGAUGUUAACGGUACAGAGCUGACAAAUGCCCAACACCAAUUAAAGACAUGUAAGAGAAAUGAGAAAAUAAAUGU